UCACAUUUUUUUUUAUUUGAAAAUUAUUUAGGGCCAGUCAUCAUCAAUGCUUUAUAAUUUUUUUUGUGAUAGAAUUUUAUGAAUGAGCAGACGAAAGGUUAAUUACUUCCGUUAUCCUGAUGCUCCGUUACAGUUGAUUUUGAGCUUGUUUUGGGUUUUUGGAUUUUUAGACCGGCUUACUCUUUUCAUAUUAUCAUAUGGUGGCUUUUAAAUAAUAUUACAAUGAGUGAACAAACGAAUUCCGAGAAAGAAUAUCGAGAGAAACUUCUGAGGAUGGUAAAGAAAGAGGUGAAGCAAAUAAUGGAAGAAGCAGUUACUCGGAAAUUCGUUCAUGAAGACAGUAGUAGUAUAACUUCCUUGUGUGCUGCUGUAGAUGCUUGUUUGUCGCAUGGCUUAAAACGCAGAGCAUUGGGUUUGUUUAAAACAAACUCAACCACAGCUCUGCUUCAGAAGCUUUCUAAAAAUUAUGAGGAAGCCGCUGAAAUUGCUCGAAUGGUUGCAGAGGUUGAAAAUAUUGAUCCCAAUAAGAGGUCGGCAUCUAGCAGUGACAGUACCAACAAAAUUCGCUUGAAGCCCGAAAAAAGACAAGCGUCUAGUCCAUCUUUAAAUCCAACACAGCCUAACCCCCGCUACUUGUGGAUAAGAUUGGCAUUGUUUGAGAAAAAAUUGGCCAAGAUAGUUGAUCACCUUGUUCAGAAUAGCAAUAAAUAUUUUGAAAAGGAAGCUUUGGUUGCUGACCCAGUUUGUGGACAAAUUUUAGCAUCUCUUUUAGUUGGGCCAUGCGCUCUUGAUUAUUCCAAAGUGAAAACACAAGAUCACUUCUGGACAGAUCCUCCUGCUGAUGAAUUAGUCCAGCGUCAUAGACUCUCUACUGGAGUACCAGUUCUCAAUGGCUCUUCCACACCACCAUCUGUUAAAAGACCUGGUCUUCAGUACAAGAGAGAUACAAGAAUAUCUGCUAGUACUGAAGAAGGUUGUCGAGUUAUUCCUCGGGAUUAUGUUGAAUCCCUACAUCAAAACUCUAAGUCUACUUUAUUGUAUGGAAAAAAUAAUGUUUUAGUACAACCUGUAAGUAAAUUGAAGGAGCAUUUAGAAGCAAUGCCUGGCUACUUAUCAUUGCAUCAAAACCCAGAAGGUCUUAUCAUUAAGUGGACACCCAAUCAGCUUAUGAAUGGAUGCUACAGUACUAAUGACAGUGCAACAGAUUCCAGUCAAGAUAAAAGCAUUUAUUGGGAGUAUGCUAUGAGUGUAUCAGUUGAUGAAGUUGUGUACAUGCAUUGCCAUCAAAAUGCCGACACUGGUGGCACUAUAGUGCUGGUGGGUCAAGACGGAGUACAACAACCACCCAUUCACUUUCCUAAAGGAGGUCAUCUUUUAUCUUUCCUAUCAUGUUUAGAGAAUGGUCUCUUACCUCAUGGUCAAAUGGAUCCUCCCCUUUGGUCACAACACGGAAGAGGUAAAGUCUUUCCUAAAUUGAAAAGGAGGGGUCGAGGAUCCAUAAGAAGGCACUCUAAAGGUGGUGGUGAAAGUAUAAAUGAAGAGGAUGUUGAAGCCACUGAUUAUGUGUUUAGGAUAAUAACAUCUCUAAAACCAGACUCCAUUUCUCAAGAGAUGUUAGAUCCUAAGACUACUCGAGGCUCUUCACCUUGGCAGCCGAAAGAGGCGACAACAACCCCGAAAAAUAAUGGCACCCCCACUCUUAAGCACUACUCUUCCUCCUCAUCCACAUCCAGCUCUAAGUCACUGGUUGAAGACAUCAGUAUUGAUCUGGGAAAGAUUGACAACAAGGAUGAUGGUCAGCCCACUGGGCAAUCAAUACAAAUUCUUUGUGAUAGUAUGAAAAAGCAAAUUAUUUCUCGAGCUUUCUAUGGCUGGCUAGCUCACUGCCGACAUUUAAGAACUGUGAGAACACACUUAGCUGGUCUGGUCAAUUCCAAUAUCAUCUCUGAAAUGGACCCCACUGAUGCAUCCUGUGGGCUAACCGCAGAUAUAUGGAUCCGUAUGCACGAGGAAACAAGAAUCUGUGAUAAGAACGAAGUGUACAGGCUUACGUAUUUUGGCGGUGUUGAUCCUACAAUCAGAAGAGAGGUAUGGCCCUAUCUGUUAGGCCACUAUGAUUUUGGCAGUACUGAGAGUGAGCGAGAACAGCACAAUGUCACCCUGCAAACUACAUAUGAGACAACCAUGUCUGAAUGGUUAGCAGUGGAAGCGAUUGUCCGGCAAAGAGAUAAGGAGCAAAUGGCUGCUAAUCUUGCCAAACUCUCAUCUGAAAGUACCAAUAGUGAAAUACCUUUAGUUGGUCCAAAAGAUUCAAAUUUAAGUAAUGAUGUGUUUGAAGACUUCAGUAGUAGUGCUGAAUACUAUGAUAAUCCUGAAGAUGAUAUACCAGAAGUGCCUGAAGAAGAUAGUGAUGAAAAUCAAACUAAAGAUAAAAAAAAAGAUGUGGCAACAGAAGAUGCUGAAGUGGCAGCAACGGAAGAAGAGGUUCUGCAGAGUGCAAAUGUUUCUGAACUCACAAAUGAAGAGAAACAAAACUCAAGACGCACUCUUUUGCGUCACAUGCAAGCUGUAGAAAGCCAAAGCAUUAUCAUUACAAAUCCAUCUGUUGAAUUGGGUCAAUCUCCAGUCUCACCUUGUCAGCAACCUUCUUGUGAACCCUCAGUCAGUGAAGUCAAGGAAGUUGUUCCAGAAGAAGCUAUGACUCCGGGGACCAUUGACAUAAAUCAGAAUGUGCCAGACCUCCCAAGUAAGUCCUCUGAAGAAGUCAAUCCUAGUCAAAGCGACAUCCCCCAAGAAACAGAGGCAGCAGUUCAAUUGCAAGCAGAUCCUCACUCAAGUUGCAUCUCACCAGCUUCUUCUGGCGGGGGAGUUUAUUCAAAUGACCUUCUUGAUUUGUUCUCUCUCAAUUUGCAUCGUAUUGACAAAGAUGUUCAAAGGUGUGAUCGUAACUACUGGUAUUUUACACCUGAAAAUCUGGAGAAACUCAGAAAUGUCAUGUGCACAUAUGUUUGGGAACAUCUUGAGAUGGGUUAUGUCCAAGGCAUGUGUGACCUUGUGGCUCCUCUUUUGGUCAUUUUUGAUGAUGAAGUGUUGUCCUACAGUUGUUUUUGUGAGAUCAUGAAAAGAAUGGUUGCUAACUUUCCCUACGGAGGUGCUAUGGAUGCUCAUUUUGCAAACAUGCGCUCCCUUAUCCAAAUACUGGAUGCAGAGAUGUUUGAUUUGAUGCAUCAAAAUGGAGAUUACACCCAUUUCUACUUCUGUUAUAGAUGGUUUCUAUUAGACUUCAAACGAGAGCUUUUGUAUGAUGAUGUUUUCAGCGUGUGGGAAACCAUAUGGGCUGCAAAGUAUGUUGCCUCUAAGCACUUGGUGUUGUUCAUUGCACUUGCCUUGGUUGAAUAUUACAGAGACAUCAUCUUGGAGAACAACAUGGAUUUUACAGACAUCAUCAAAUUCUUUAAUGAAAUGGCUGAAAGACAUGAUGCUAAAGCAGUUUUGAAAAUUGCCAGGGACUUGGUACAACAAAUUCAGACAUUAAUUGACAACAAAUGAAGAAGGAAAUAUGUACGACUGUAUCGUGUGGUAUGACUGUUGCACUAAGUUCUGCAUGCAUAUCUAUUAUUAGUUUGUUUUGUCUUUCCCUUCUUUAAGAUACUGUGUACCCAAAUGAAUUUGGUUACUGUAUUAAAUCCACUGU